AUGAAGCAACGAUUCUCAUCACUCGAUGUCAAGGCGAUCGCGCACGAGCUCUCCCAGAGCAUCGUGUCGCUGAGGCUCUCCAAUGUCUACGACCUCUCCUCCAAGAUCAUGCUCUUCAAGUUCUCCAAGCCCGAUAACAAGAAGCAACUCGUCGUCGACGCCGGAUUCCGCUGCCACCUUACCGAUUUCUCCCGCACCACCGCGGCCGCCCCUUCGGCCUUCGUGGCUCGCUUGAGAAAGUUUCUCAAGACAAGGAGGGUGACGUCCGUGUCGCAAGUCGGAACUGAUCGGGUCAUAGAAUUUGUUUUCAGCGACGGAAACUACAGGCUCUUCCUCGAGUUCUUUGCUGGCGGCAACGUUAUUCUUACCGGCCACGACCUCAAGAUCCUGGCCCUCCUGCGAAUCGUGCACGAAGGGGAAGGCCAGGAGCCACAGAAAGUCGGCUCCACGUAUGCUGUCGAGCAAAGGCAAAACUUCAAUGGUGUUCCGCUUCUCACGCGCGAGCGCCUCUGUGAUGCCCUUCAGACUAUAGCCGAAAGGACCGCAAAGACGGAGGGCGGGGAGGCCAAGAAACGCAAGACUAAGCCCGGAGAAGUCUUGCGCAAAGGUUUGGCUACGACCAUCACCGAGAUCCCUCCGGUGCUCGUGGAACAUGUGCUCCAAGCGGGCCAGUUCAACCUUGAUUCGACCCCAGGCGAGAUUCUAGCCAGCAAGGACCAGCAAGAGCAGCUCCUCAAUCUGCUGCUAGGGGCCCGCAGCUUAGUGGACAAGCCCAGCUACACGCCAGACCCCGACUCGACUGAUCGCCCUCCUAAGCGCGAAGAUUUAAUCUACGAAGACUUUCAUCCGUUCCGCCCCCACAAGUUUGCCAACAACCCCUCCUACACGAUUCUUACCUUUGAUAGCUACAACAAGACUGUGGACGAGUUUUAUUCGUCCAUUGAGGGACAAAAGUUAGAGUCUAGGCUACACGAACGCGAGGCGACGGCCAAAAAGAAGCUUGAUGCCGCAAAACGGGAUCAGGCUAAGAGACUAGAGGGGCUGCAGGAAGCUCAGAUCUUGAGCAACCGAAAGGCAGCCGCUAUCGAAGCCAACAUCGAACGCGUCCAGGAAGCCAUGGAUGCCGUCAACGGCCUUCUCGACAGUGGAAUGGAUUGGGUUGAUGUAGGCAAACUAGUGGCCCGGGAGCAGAAGCAUGGCAACCCUGUCGCAGAGAUCAUCAAGCUUCCCAUGAAGCUCGGCGAAAACACCAUCACCCUUCUCCUCGGGGAGGAAGAGGAGGAUAUAGAGUCUGACGCAGGCUACUCGACCGAUUCCUCUGCUGCCACCGAGUCUGACGAGGAGGACGAAAAGAACGGCAACAAAGCUUCCGGAGCGGCCAAGCUCUCAAUCGACAUAAACUUGGGGUUGACCCCGUGGGCUAACGCUAGAGAAUAUUAUGAUCAGAAGCGCACGGCUGCCGACAAGGCGCAAAAGACUGCCACGCAGGCGGACAGGGCACUCAAGAGUGCCGAGCAAAAGAUCAAGCAUGAUUUGAAAAAGGGUCUGAAACUAGAAAAGCCCAUCAUGCAGCUUCUUCGACAGCCAUUGUGGUUUGAGAAGUUUAUCUGGUUCAUCUCUUCCGAUGGUUACCUCGUCCUCGCGGGCAAGGACGCGCCGCAAAGCGAGAUACUUUACAAGAGGCAUUUGAGGAAAGGCGAUAUUUAUUGCCAUGCCGACAUCGCCAACGCCGCCCACGUGGUCAUAAAAAACAAUCCCUCUACCCCAGAAGCUCCGAUCCCUCCAUCGACCCUUUCCCAGGCGGGAGUCCUCUGCGUGGCAAUGUCGAUUGCCUGGGACUCAAAGGCUGUCAUGGCCGCGUGGUGGGUCAAGGCGGAGCAAGUUUCAAAGACUUUGUCCAAGGGCGAGGUAUUGCCGCCAGGGUCCUUCAAUGAGAACUUAGGUGACGAGGUUGCGCCAGGCGAUUCCAUAGCCAAUGCGACGGUGGGAGCUAUUCGAGAAGGGGAAGAGGGCGAUGGCGAGGGCGAAUCCGAUAACGAAGACCAGGACCGACGCCCGCCUACAAAUCCACUACAGCCCUCUGGCGAUGAUGAAGAGGAAGAUGACGCCACCAACACAGGCAAGAUGGGAGCACUCGAUCUCGAUGACGAAAAGACCCCGGUAGGCGCGACCAGCGAAGGAGAACAGAGCGCCAACGACAACCAGACCCCAUCUGAGGUCGUUUCACGAGUCGUGGAGGGAGAAGAAAAAGAGGAAGAUGAUGCGGAUGAAGUUUCUACAGCAGCAGGCGAAGCGCGGGCAGCGUGGCAAGGCCAAAAGCUUGCUGCCAAGUACAAGCACCAAGACGAGGAGGACCGCCAGGCCGUCGCCAGCCUCAUCGGGUCCACCGCGGGACGGCAGCGCGCCGAGGCUGAGGCCAGGGCCAAGGCACAGCAUGAGGCCGAGCUCGAGGCGCACAGGGAGAGACGCCGGGCCCAGAUUGAAAAGCAGCAGCGAGCCGCCGCCGAGCACGAGGCCAAGCGCCGCAGGAUGCUGGAGGAAGGCCUCGACGUGGCGGGGGCCAACGGCGGUGGAGAUGGAGAGGUGGAAGAUCUGGGCGCGGUGGAAGAAUUAGUCGGCACCCCGCUGCCCGGGGACGAAGUUCUCGAGGCGGUGGCAAUGUGCGCGCCGUGGGCGGCCAUGGGCAAGACCAAGUACAAGAUCAAGCUGCAGCCGGGCAGCCUGAAAAAGGGCCGCGCGAUGUGGCCCCGCGAGGUGGAGCUCAUCAAGGCUUUUAGGCCGGAGGAGGUUGUCAAUGUCGUGCCCGUCGGCAAGGUGAGCAUCUUGGCCCCCGGCGGAGCGGGCGCUACGGGAGGCAAGGGCGGAAAGGGCGGUCAAGCCAAGGGACAGCAGGCCAAAGGCGCCAAGGGAGGCAAGAAGAAAUAG